CCUUGCGUUCUCAGUGCGCGCGCCCGUCCGUCCGUCCCGCAGAGCCCUGGCGCUGGUGAACAUGGCGACGCACUGCCCCUGGCCGCGGCCCCUCAGCCUGUCCGGCUGCUGCCUCCUGCUCCUCGUGCUCGGCAGCCCCCGUUUUUUCCAGUCACAUGCAGUGGAAGUAGAUGUGAAAGAUCACUCCAAUACUACAUGCAUAUAUGCAAAAUGGAUGAUGAGCUUCUUGAUAAAAUAUGAAACAAACAGUAGUGAAUAUAAAAAUGCAACCUUAGACCUUACAUCUCCCAACAUAACACAUGACCGAAGCACCUGUGGCAAUAAAACACAUGCCCCACUACUAGCGGUAGAAUUUGGAGCAGGUCACUCUUGGAGUAUAAACUUUACUAAGACUAAUGAAACUUAUCAGGGAAACAUCAUCUCAUUUACCUACAACACCAGUGAUCCAGUCUUUAAAGAUGCUAAAACAAAAGGACUAAUUACUGUUGUUGUAAAGGACACUCUGCCUCCAGUCCAACUGAAUACUGUCUACAAAUGCCAUCACCUUGACUCUAUUGAAGUGGCAAAUGUGUCUCAGUUCUUCUGGGAUGUCACUCUGCAGGCUUUCGUUCAGAAUGGCACUGUUAGUAAAAAUGAUUCUACAUGUGAAGCUGAUAAAUCUACUGUUGCACCUACCACUGUUGCCAACUUAACUACUACACCUGUCACUACUGCUUCAUCACCUCUGCCAACUACAACUUCUAAACCAGUGGAGAAACCACUCACUGGAAACUAUUCUCUUAAAGAUGGCGAUAAAACCUGUCUUCUGGCUACAUUGGGGUUGCAACUGAAUGUCUCCCAAGAGAAGCCUGUUUUGGUUAACAUCAACCCAAAGACAACUUAUGUCACUGGUAGCUGUGGCAACACAUCUGCUACUCUGCGAUUGAAUGACAGCAACAGCAGGUUUAUUGAUUUCACCUUUGCUGUUAAAAACACAAGUGCAAACACACAAAGAUUCUAUCUGAAAGAAGUGAACAUCACCCUGAUCAGUUCUAUAAAUGGCUCUGAACCUUUAAAUGCUGGAAACAACAACCUCAGCAUCUGGGACACCUUCCUAGGCAGUUCCUACAUGUGCCAAAAAGAGCAGACUGUUUUGGUGACUGAAGAGCUUCAAAUACAUACUUUUGAUCUAAGGAUCCAGCCAUUCAGAGUACAAGACAACAAGUAUUCUAAAGCUGAAGAAUGCUUUGCAGAUUCUGACCUGAACUUUCUUAUCCCCAUCGUAGUGGGUGUGGCGCUUGGCUUCCUUAUCAUUCUUGUCUUUAUCUCUUAUGUCAUUGGAAGAAGGAAAAGUCGUACUGGCUAUCAAUCUGUGUAAUCUUUUCAUGCUGCCUCUGCUGCUUUUUUCCCUUUAUGGAAGUUACUAGUUUAUGGUUUUCUUUUGACUAGAUAUAUUAAAAAACAAAGGAUAAUGUAUUUGUGCAUAUGAUUGUGAGAACAAAUUUAGACUCACCUGAAGCUACUGUAAGGCUUUGGAUUAAAGUAAAACUGCUCCAGGAAACACUUAAGAUGAGGACCAAUAACUGUCCCCUGCGCAAUGUGACUGUUUGGCUGAAAAGGCCUAAGAUAGGAAUGCAUCUUACUUGCAGCAUUUUUAAUCUCAAUUCUUUUGCAUAAUAUCACAGCUGGCGAGCGAGUUUCUAUUUUAUAUGCAGCUACUCAAUUUAUUUCAGAUAAUGCUGAAGUUAAAAAAACACUGGUAGAGGAUUGAAUGCUGUGCAGCGAAGGAUUGUGUGUUCUAUUGGACAGAAAUGCAAAAUCCUUCCUAGCAUUCAAUUAGAAGCAAACUUACCACUGCUGCAUUGUUUCUGUUUUUCAUGUAGCUGCUUGUUCUCUGGGGUUAGCUUAAAGCUGCUUUUCCUGUUGCAUUCGAAGGUGGUUCUUGAUCCUACAGUACAUCACCCAGAAGUUCCUUCUCUUAGUAACUAGUGUACUUAAUAUCAGCAUGGAAAGGAUUAUCUUUGUAAGAGGGGAGUGGGUGAGACCUAGUGUAACAACUUACCCAAGAAGAGAAGAACCUGACCUUAGUGAACAGACUUAAGGAGGACUGCUACUAGUUGUAGGUAUCCUAUGCGGCUUUUAUUCAAAGAGGACCGUGAUAAGCAUCUUCUGUUUGCUAACCAAAAGGUUCUUCUGCUUCCUGACUUUAAUUGAGCCUAUGUUUGGGAAAACUUUGAGUUCACUGGGUCUAAGUUUUCAUUCUGUCUGUGUAAUCUAGACCUCUCAGCUUGUAUUUCAGUUGAAGGAACUGGCCUAACUUUAAACCUGUCAUUAACUCCACAGAGGUGUGCUCUUAUUCUAUUUUCCAAAGUAGUCAGUAUGCAAAAUGCUGAUUGUAAAGGAUAAGGUUAUAGAAAACCACAGUAAAAGAAAGUGACCCCACCAAAGAAUGGGAUGGUAUGAUGGAUCCAGUCAAACUCCCUCCCCUGUCAUUAAUAUUGUCGUACACUUUGAAGGCCUAUGUUCCACAUCUGGGCCUUAGCAGAAUGGAAGCUAGUUAUUUUGGAUUAAAUUCUGCCACUCUUGAAUGGGUACAUUGGGACAGGAGCAUCUUCUGCCAUGGACCCCUUUGAUGCAGACCUGCAGAAGCUAAUCCUACUAUUAUUGUGCUCUCUUUUAUGCUAGGCCAUGUGACUAGCUGAGGUGCUGGCAUCAUCUUUGCAUGGCUGUUAGUAGCUGGCAGUAGGCAAUGUGGGAAUGUGUUCAGUACUGUUCUGCAGCAUGCGUUUAGGAUGUUCCUGAGCCACUGCGGGGGCGGACUGCUGUAGAGCACCUCCACCUCAUUUACAGAUGAGUGAGAGCAUGAUUUGGGCCUUCAUUUUACAGAUUGUUUGGGUCUUGGAGGUGGAUGAGGAUAACUGGGCUAAUUAAGUCUUUAGUUUUUCAAUUACUGGCUCACAGAAUGUGUGUUCAGCCAUGUGUGGGUGAGCCUAGUGUCAUAAAGAGAAAACCCAUGAAGUAAGCUGCGAUGUUCAAUCAAUACGAUAUAGGAGGAUAUGGCACGGGGGGUGCCGAAUGUAAAUUAGAGCAUGUAACAAUUCACGCUCAGUGUGGCUUUCUUUAGAAGCAUAGCUGCCUUUAAAAAACAAAAUUUAGUAAAAGCACACAUAGGCAUAGUCUACAAGAGGUGUUCAAAUAGAUUUACAUUUGAGUGACAUUGGGCAUGGAAGAUUGUACAAUACUGACUUUCAUUUUAAAGAAACGCUGUUUAGACUUCUAUCACAAAAAUUGCUUUGGUCCUGUUCUGACUGCAGGAUCAAACCUAAGCUGUAACUGCAUCUUCCAACGGGACAAAAAUAGGGCCCUCUACAGAUGUGAUUCUUUCACGAUGGGGACUUAAUUUAAGCCCAGUGGGUUGGGUUUUUGUCUCCCAUUUUUAACUCUUGCUUUCCAUGAGUGGGGGAGUGCUAAAUGGGCUGCUCUGGGCCUAACACACAUGCCCCUCAAAGCAUGUCACCUCCACCAUGCUAUGAGGUGGGUUCUGUUCCUGCUGUGCUAUUCUUCACACAUUGCAUCCUUUUAAUCCAGCUGGGUGACUUUAAUAAUAAAGUGCAGCAAAAAAUAAAAAUUAAGUGCUAUUUUGGACUUCAUGAGAAGUCAAAAUUAAGCAAGCACUUUAUAAAGUUGUUGUAGAAUGAAGAGUGAUAUAAACAUGGUUCUCUGAAUUUGCAAAAGACUGUACAAAGUGCUGAUGAAGACAGAGCAUAUAUAUUAAACAAAGUUAACUAUGA